CCAGUGUGCACAUGCGCAUUCGGUGGGAAACACGAUUGAAAACGGGCAGCUAUGCCGCGCGGUGCAGAAAACGGGCUGGACGCGUCCGCUUGGAACAACGGCCGGUGUACCGGAGGACUGACCCGGGGACUGUGGGACCAGGAGGCGCCUGAGAGGCGUUAACAGCGAUUCUUUCCCCGGGGAUAACCUCCUCCCGAAACCGCGGCGAAAGCAGCGGGUGCAAGGGCUCGACGAAUCCGCUCCUUCGCCCAUUUCUCUCCCCCGUCCUCUGCUUUCGGCACCGCAAGAGAGACAGCGAGACAUCAGCGAUGUUGCUGCCAAAUGUGUAGGAUUUAUUCCCGCUGCCCAUUUCUCUGUGUCGCCUGUAAAUAAAACUGAGCGCAGACAAUAAGCUCCAACAGCGGGUGUCACUAUGGUUUUAUUGGCGCUCCGCAGUAGGAGAUGUCUUAAUAGCUGCUGUAUGGGGACGUUAUGCUUGCAGUUGUUGCUGUGGAUUUUAUGUGCCGUGAACGGAGAGGAGCAGUCGUUCAGUGUAGAGGCAUGGCUCCAGAGGUAUGGCUACCUCCCUCCUGCAGACCCCAGAAUGUCAGUGCUGCGUUCUGCCCGAGUCAUGCAGUCUGCUAUCGCUGCCAUGCAGCGCCGCUACGGCCUAAAUGUCACAGGCACGCUGGACAGCAACACUAUAGAGGAUAACACGAUAAGGUGGAUGAAGAAGCCCCGAUGCGGGGUUCCUGACCAAAUAGGGGGUGUGUCUAGAUUAAGUGUCAGGAAACGACGGUACGCCCUCACGGGACAGAAGUGGCAACACAAACAUAUCACAUACAGCAUAAAGAACGUGACACCCAAAGUGGGUGCUGAGGAGACCCACGACGCCAUUCGGCGAGCCUUCGACGUGUGGCAAAGCGUGACGCCACUGCGCUUUGAGGCUGUGCCCUACAGCGAGCUGGAGAGGAGCAAGAAAGACGUGGACAUCACCAUCAUCUUUGCUUCAGGUUUCCACGGAGACAGCUCACCCUUCGAUGGCGAGGGGGGCUUCCUGGCCCAUGCCUACUUUCCAGGGCCGGGAAUAGGAGGCGACACACACUUUGACUCAGACGAGCCUUGGACGCUGGGCAACCCCAACCACGAUGGUAACGAUUUGUUCCUGGUAGCCGUCCAUGAGCUUGGUCACGCACUGGGCCUCGAACACUCCAACGACCCCACAGCUAUCAUGGCUCCUUUCUAUCAGUACAUGGACACGGAUGACUUCAAACUACCAAUGGAUGACCUGCUAGGCAUCCAGAAAAUUUAUGGGCCGCCCGAUAAACUCCCCCAGCCCACCAAGCCUUUGCCAACGGCGCCCUCUCCUCGCUCCCAUCCUCCUUCGGACCCUCGUAAACAAGACAGGCAGACGCAACUCCCAAUGCUGCCUACGCGACCGUCGCAGCCCAAUGCUAAACCCAACAUCUGCGAUGGAGGCUUCAACACCCUGGCCAUACUGAGAAGGGAGAUGUUCGUCUUCAAGGACCACUGGUUUUGGCGGGUGAAAGAUAACUCUGUAAUGCAGGGAUACCCCAUGCCCAUCCGAAUGUUCUGGAGAGGCCUGCCGCCCAAGAUAGACGCAGUCUAUGAGAACAGCGAGGGCAAGUUUGUCUUCUUCAAAGGAAAGCAGUUCUGGGUGUUUAAGGACACGGUGUUGCAGUCCGGAUACCCCAAGGACAUCUCCCAGUUUGCCCAUGGCAUGCCCUCACAGAGCAUCGACACCGCCCUGUGGUGGGAGGAUGUGGCCAAAACCUACUUCUUUAAAGGGGACAGGUACUGGCGCUACAAUGAGGAAAUGAGAAUCAUGGACCUUGGCUAUCCUAAGCCUAUCACAGUGUGGAGAGGUGUGCCUGAAUCGCCACAGGGGGCCUUCGUGGACAAAGCCAAUGGUUUCACCUACUUCUACAAGGGGAAGGAGUACUGGAAGUUUAGCAACCAGUUCCUCAGAGUGGAACCGGGCUACCCGCGCUCCAUCCUCAAGGACUUCAUGGGCUGCGAGCUGACGCCCAUCGACCCCGGCCGCCCACCGGCCGACGACGGCAACUCGGACGUGGUGAUCGAGCUGGACAACGAGGCCAACACGGUGAAGGCCAUCGCCAUAGUGAUCCCCUGCGUGCUCGCGCUGUGCCUGCUGGUGCUGGUCUACACCGUGGUGCAGUUCAAGAGGAAGGGCACGCCUCGCCACAUACUGUACUGCAAACGCUCCAUGCAGGAAUGGGUUUGAAUUUUUUUGGAGGGGGGUGGGGUUAAGAGACGAGAGGGCAGAGCUAGGGUGGGAGUUAAGAGGAUUGUGGAAAAACAGUACAACAGCCCCCCACUUUUCACAGAGAGGAGGACGGUGGACACUGGACAGCUUUAUGGGAAAAACAACAAGCCACGCCUCCUCCUCUUCGGCGAUCGAAACUUUCGUGCAGACCUGCAGAACCAGCCGAGAAGUCUGACGGUGAUCCCGCAUUUAAAAAAAGGCGACUCCCAGGACUUUAAGCUGACUUUCUCCAGCCCCCAGCCUUUUUAACAAACGGGGCCCAGAGGGACAGUUUGUGGAGGGGGAUCUUUGUCAGAUGUGACCUUCGAUCCCGGUCCAAAAAUAAUGAGAAAAAAAAAAAAUCAACAAGAGGGUCAGCAUCACUUUGUAU